UUAACCAAGAAGAAGAAAAAAAAUACUUGUUAUCACUUGAUGUUUCAAUGCUUCUUCCUCUACUUCUACUUUGGCUUUUUUAACAUGUUGUUUUUCUUUAAAGUGGAAAUGGGGUAUUAGAAUUCAGCGAAAAAAGAAAACAAAAAAGUGAAGAAGAAGAAGAAAAAAAAAACUACAUAUAUAGAUAAAAAAAAACUGGGGAGUAGAUUUGAAAGUGGCAAUGCCAUUUCUUUCUAUUUGCAUUUUUCUUGGAUUUACUAGUCCUUCCUUUGCUUUCCUCUUAUACUUCAUGUUUUGAACAAUCAUACAGAUUUCACAUUCAAAGAUUUGUUUUUCAAAUGUCAUUUUUGUUUGUUUGUUUUUUCUUUUCAUUGGGAUUAGUGGCCUUUUGUGGUUCAAAGCCACAGGAAUAGUCAAGAAAUCUUUCUUUAAGCUUCACUAUCAUUUUAAUUUGGUUUUUGGGUGCGUUUUAAACCUGAAAAUCUCACUCAUAUAGUUUGUUUAUGCACACUUAUUGACCUACUGAUUUUUACUUUAUUUGUAACAAAAACAUCCUAUAUUACUAAGUAGUUGGGCCUGUAUAUCAUUAGUCUAUGGAUUAGAAGUUCUGUUUAUGUAUUAUACAAGAUAUUGGAUUCUCAAGUAUGCUAUUCUCAUGGUUUGGUUUAUAAAUUUGAAAAGCAAAAGUAUAUAUGAUCUUUGUAUAUUGAAAUCGUACUCAUAAAAUAAUAUUGUAUUUUUUGUGAUAAGAAAUCACAAACUACUUUAGCAGUCUGCGAUCUUCAUCUUAUAUAAUCUUUACAUAUAUUAUUUCUAUUAUCUUUUCAUUCUGCAGCAAGUGAGUUCCCCACAAAUUUAUAAGAAAAUGUGGGGAAACUUUUAUAAUAUACCUAAGCAAAUUUGCAUAUAAUAGCCCACAUUUGUAUUUGUAUUUUGCUGUGCCUUUACCAUACUAGUCUGAAUGCAGCUUCAUUUUAGCAUCAAAGAUAACUUUGAAUUUUAUUUUGUUUAAUAGCUUUGAUAAUGGCUACAUUUUGUUUUUGUUGGACUUACUAUGCAUAGUCUUGAUAUAUAAGUUGCCUCAGUCUCAAGCCAAAGCUUUUGAUUUUGAAGGGGAAAGAUGCUAAGUGAAAAGCCCACAUUUUCAUCGAGGAAUCCACAUUUUUUCAAGAUAAUUCUGACAGAAACUCUCAAGGAGAACAAAAUUCGGGUUCCACAAUAUUUUGUGGAAAAAUGUGGAGAAACUUUAACUGAAAGAGUGUCUGUUAAGCUUCCAUGUGGUUCCAAAUGGCCAAUGAAGUUAGAAAAUGACAAUGGGAAGUUCUGGCUGCAAAACGGUUGGCCAGAGUUUAUGAAGCAUUAUUCUCUUAAAAGAGGCCAUAUGCUAACUUUUAGAUAUGAUGGGAAUUCUGAGAUUUAUGCUGUCAUAUUUGAUACAAAUACAGUAGAGAUAGAUUAUCCUUCUAUCCCUGUUUGUGUUGAUAAGUCUACUAUCGAUGGUGAAAUCCGAGUUCCCAAGAGGGAAGUUAUUGAUGUUGUUGACAGCAUUGAAAUCUUGGAUGAUAUCUCCCAAUGCCACGAAACAGGACUAAAAUCCUCAUGUUCUCGGCCUUUUAAGAGAAUGAAAACAAGCUAUACAGGGAAAUUUGAUUCACCUAAGAAAAGUAAAGGGGAUAAAUCUGCUAAUACCACCACAAAAAAGAUGCCAUAUGGGAUUCCUAAAUAUAUGAAAACGUUGGAUGAAAGCGAAAGAAUUGCAGCUCUCAAGAGGUCUAAUGGUUUCAAAUCUGAAUACCCAUUUUUUAAGAUGGUCAUGCAACCAUACUACCUCCUUGGUGGGAAACUGACAUUUCCACGCAUAUUUGCAAAGAAACAUCUCAGUGACAGAUCAUAUAAGGUAACACUCAAAGUUCCAAAUGAGAAGAAAACUUGGUCUGUAACAUACACUUAUAGAGAACAUGAGAGGGCAAAACCCAGGUUCCAAGGUGGUUGGGCAAAAUUUGUUCGGGAAAAUAAUUUAGAAGUAGGUGAUGUCUGUGUGUUUGUUUUGAUUAAGGAGACAAAUAUUUCAUUUGAGGUAGUAAUUUUUCGUGCUGGAGCAAGCUCAGAAGGUUCUGUGGACAUAACUCAUAAUAGUUCUUCUGAGAAGCAAGAACAUAGAUGCAAAUCAAGUCAGAGAACAGAUCCACAGCUGGUUGAAAAACAACUUCCCUCGACUUUCCAUGAGAGAGUCAAAGUUCUUGAGAAAGAUGCUAUUGAACAUGAAAAUACUUUAUUCAAGAUUGUUAUACAACCAUCAAACAAGCGGCUUGUGUGUGUACCAUUAGACAUAGUUGAGAAAUACAUCAGGAAUGAAGGUGAUGCCAUUCUUUCGAUUCCAAAUGGUAGACAAUAUUGGACUGCUCAAUUUAAGAUGAUGAAGAGCUACAUAGAUGGGAAUUGCAGAGCUAUUAUUUAUAAUGGUUGGAAAAAAUUCAUGGAGGACAACAAUCUGGAAGUGGGUGAUGUCUGUGUAUUCGAACUUCUUAAUGGGAUCGAAAUUUCAUUUCAAGUGUUGAUUGUCCGAGUUUCUGGCAAUUUAAAUCACCAAAGGCCUCAAGCCAGUAACUCUGUAGAAGGUGAGAACAAGUCAAAGGAAGAUGAGAGUGUGAAAAUUGAAAGAGAUGAUGAGAUGUGAAGAUGUAAUGAAACUGGGCCUUUGAAAUGAAUAUACAUAUGUAUAAACUUAGAUUUGAAGAUGACAUGUCUCUUAUAUUAGAUGUAUAAACUGUAAACUUAAUAUUGUAUUUUUUUUUUAAUAUAUACUUGUCGCAUUUAAGGU